AUGUUGGAGAUCAUGCUGGCAGUUGUGCUGUGGGCAGGCAUGACCUUUGUCAUUAUCGUGAUCGUUUCAGGCAGCAAUGUCGUGAUCGUGUCAAGCGGCAAAGGGAAGCGUCAGACGUCCGACAGCACGGAAAAGGAAGCUCCAGCGUGCUUGCGCAGUCGGCCAGAUCCCCAAGUUCAAGUUCGCCAGAGAGUUCAGCAGUGUGCCAAGCAGACAGCUACAAUCGAAGAAGCUCAGCCACAUGGCAGUGGCACAAAAGGCCGUGCGGAUGAAGAGCCGCUGCCGGACUGCGGUAAGUGUGGACAGGGCACUGAGAAUGACAUCACAGCGAAUGGUGUAGGCGUACCCAGUGAAGCCAACGAAGAAGUAGACAGGAAGCGGCUGCAAGUCCUACAGCUUCUGGAUUGCAUAAUCAGCGGGGAGGAUGUUACCACGAACGCCGUGGCUCUGGAUGUUCUGCAUGCUCUCCCUGCGUGCAAAGACCCUGCUACUCUUGAUGCCAUGCUGGAAGAGCUAAUCUCCCACAAGUCAGCCAUUAAUCGGGUUGUGCAGAUCUAUGUGUUGUCCAGGACGCCACGGCCGCCGCAAGAGCAUUUGUUCGAAAUACGGUCCUUGGAGUUGCCUAGCACCGAGUGUUAUUCCGUGAAUCCCAGCCUGCGCAUCAAGGAUGAGAUCGCGGGAAAGCUACUCGUGCUCCUGGCGGAGUGUGCUCACCAGAGAGCGGAAACUUUGAAAACCCGUGAGGCCAUUGACCACCUCACCCGGAUCGACGACACGCAGCUGCUGCAAGAAGUGCAUGGAGGACUUGAUUCCUGGCCCUUCAUUGGUGGCAGCAUCGCCUGGUCGCGGAUCCUGCAGGCAGAACGACGCCUGGGAGCCGGAGUUCCAAAUCAACCCGUUCCUGGACCUACUGGCUCUUUUGAUCCCUUAAAGCUUCGCAUCUGCAUGUGGCUGACGGAAAAUGGCGAGGGCGGAAAUGCAGAGCGUGGCUUGCAGCGGGCUUGCCUCGCGAUGCUGCAGCGAAGAGGGUGUGAUUCAGGGUGCCUUUCAAACUUGCAGUGGGGGCUGUCGCACUGGCAGUUCAGCUCGAUCUCGCUCUCAUACACACGGCUUUUCAUGGCCGCAAGGUUCUUGAGAUGGCAUGCAAAUUCACUGUGA